GAUCACAUUAUGGAGGAAGGCUAUGAACUUGACCUCACAUACAUCACAGAGCGGAUCAUUGCUGUAUCCUUCCCUGCUAGCUGUUCUGAAGAAACGUACCUGCACAACCUGCAAGAUGUAACCCGAAUGCUCAAAUCCAAACAUGGGGAUAACUACUUGGUGUUAAACCUUUCUGAAAAGAGAUAUGACCUUGCCAAGCUUAACCCAAAGAUUCUGGAUGUGGGCUGGCCUGACCUUCAUGCUCCACCUCUCGAUAAGGUGUGCACCAUCUGCAAAGCUAUGGAGUCUUGGCUCAGUGGCGAUCCCCAACAUGUGGUGGUGAUCCACUGCAGAGGAGGAAAAGGAAGGAUAGGCGUAGUCAUAUCAUCAUAUAUGCACUUCACCAAUGUUUCUGCAAGUGCUGAUCAGGCUCUAGACAGAUUUGCUAUGAAGAAAUUCUUUGAUGAUAAAGUUUCGACUUUAAUGCAGCCAUCCCAGAAAAGAUAUGUGCAAUUUCUAAGUGGCCUUUUAUCUGGAUCUAUGAAAAUGAGUACAACCCCUGUUUUCCUGCACUAUGUUAUCCUUCAUGGCAUUCCGAGCUUUGAUGUUGGAGGAGUUUGUCGGCCUUUUCUGAAGUUAUACCAGGCUAUGCAACCAGUUUAUACAUCUGGAAUAUAUAGCCUAGGGCCAGAAAAUCAAAGCCGCAUAUCCAUUGCUAUAGAGCCAGCCCAGCUAUUGAAGGGAGACAUUAUGCUAAAAUGUUACCACAAAAAAAAUCGGUCAGCUGCUCGGGAUGUGGUUUUUCGUCUUCAGUUUCACACCGGAGCUGUUCAAGGACAUGGCCUAGUGUUUGGCAAAAAGGACUUAGAUAAUGCCAACAAAGAUGACCGUUUUCCUGAUUAUGGGAAGGUAGAACUAGUGUUUUCAGGAACUCCUGAGAAAAUUCAAGGAGGUUAUCACCUUCAGAAUGACCAUGGAGUGAUAGUUGAUUAUAAUACUACAGAUCCACUGAUACGCUGGGACUCCUAUGAAAAUAUGGGCCCUGAUGGGGAAGUGCUGCAUACCCAGGGUCCCAUUGAUGGCAGUCUGUAUGCAAAAGUGAGAAAGAAGAGCUCUUCGGACACCAGCAUCCCUGGUGUUGCUCACAGUGUUCCUGUAGCCAGCAGUCCCGAUCACAGUGAUCAUACCCUCUCUGUCAGCAGUGAUUCUGGACAUUCAACAGCUUCUAUCAGGACAGACAAAACUGAGGAGCGCCUGGCUCCAGGAGGCAAAAGGGGUUUAAGCCCACAAGAGAAGGCAGAACUUGACAAGCUACUUAGUGGUUUUGGUCUGGAGGAUUCUCUCAGUACCACCAAGGAUAUGACUGAUGUCCGAAGCAAGUACAGUGGUAUUCGCCACAGAGUUCCAGCUCAGUUUCAUGUGAAUGGAGACACCAAGCUGAAGGACAGGGAGACUGAUAUUCUGGAUGAUGAAAUGCCCAAUCAUGACCUUCACAGUGUGGACAGCAUUGGAACUUUGUCCUCCUCAGAAGGUCAGCACUCCACCCACUUCAGUUGCCACAAGAGCAGUCAGAACUCCCUUCUCUCAGAUGGCUUUGGAAGUAACACAGGGGAAGACCAUCACAGUGCUCUUGCCCCAGACCUGGGAAUUGGCGUGGAUCCCCUCUAUGAGAGAUCGUUUGGAAGCACGGAGCCAAAGCCAACACAGCAACUGCAAAGGAAUCCUUCUGUCUCGCCUCAGCCUCCAGCCUAUGGCCCAAAUAACUACUCUACCCAGACUUGGGUACGCCAGCAGCAGAUAGUCACUGCUCACCAGUACAGUUUUGCCCCAGAGAAUGAAGUCAGGGUUGGCAUUCAUAACACUGUAGAGAAUUCAAGCAGUGUCCAGAAAAAGUCCCGGAUCCCAGACACCCCAAUGCGGGGCUCCAGCAGCAGAGAUGCUGUGCAGAGAGGGCUUGGAAAUGUGCCGUGUAUCAGCGAAACUGCAGAACACACCAGCGGUGAUAGUUUUAAGCCAAAAUUAGUGCCUCAGCAGGACAAAAAUGGUCUGGAUCUAGGACUGAAUGCAGGGGCCUUGCCAGCUUCUCCAACUUUGGAUAUUGAUCAGUCCAUUGAGCAGCUGAACAGGCUCAUCUUGGAAUUAGACCCUACAUUUGAACCUAUCCCGACUCGCAUUAAUAUCAUUACCACGGACCUAAAUCAAGUAAAUGGCUUCCGCAGUCCUGAUGCAAACAUGGAAGGGCUUGGCAGGAACCCGGGCUUCCAUGAGAAGGGAGAGCUAACAAGCAAGAAUCACUCCCAGCCUGCAGCAGAUUUGCAAGAUGAUAAUGCCCCAGGAGGAAGGAUCAGGAAGCUGAGUGUUGGGCAGUAUGACAAUGAUGUCCCUGGGCAGCCAAUGUACACCAAGUGUGGAUGGAUGAAGUCUCCUGCUGCUGACCAGGCUGUAAAUCCAGGAUCGCGAAUUGCUGUAGGGGAGACCAAAGAGAUGGCAUGUUACCAAGAUGAAAUAGAUGGAGGAAUCUACUCCCCAACCAAAAUUGGAAAUGAAGCUGUCUCAUCCACACCAAUGUUUCCACUAUCACCAGAGACACCAUAUGUUAAAAUGCCACCACUAUAUCAUCAACAUAUUCCCUCCAGUCAAAAGACCAGCAGCCCAUCUGAGCUGUACAGAACUGGUCUUGAAUCACGUGGUUACACAGAAGCCCACAACCACUCUGUUGUGAUGUCUGACAGCACCAUGGGCAGUAACCCUACUCUGCUGAGGACCAACAUGCAGCUGGAUCCUUCCUUUCAGCGAGCUUUUGCAUCUUCGUGUGCAGUUUCAAAUAACAGCCCUGUCCCAGGGGGAGAAAGCUCUUCUGCGACAGAUUGUCCUUGGCUUGAAAGCAGCCCUAAAUCUUCCUCGUCACUCCAGCUUUCCAUGGGAAGCAGCAGGCCAGGAGGAAGUUACCUUGUACCCUCCGAAUUUUCAAACCUUGUGCAGGAUGGUUCUCUCUUGUCUCAUUUCCAAACACCAGGACUGCAUGCGGUGGCCCUGAGCAGUCUGGACAACUCACCAGCAGAGCAGCAGCAAGAACCUGCUGUCAACAGCAGCACUCAGGCCUACCUCAACUAUAGUGGGGGCGCAAUGGGCAGCAGCUCCCCUCUAGAGGAGAAACAAUCUGCUUUGAUGGUCAACUCUAGCCUUUCCCCUAAAGCCAUGAGCUCAUCUGUGGCAAGUGCAGAGGACCACAACUUCUUGCCACACAACUUUCUUACAGUGACCUCUGGACACAAUGAUCAGACCAGCACGGUUCAGCAGCAUCAUAGGGAGAACCUUCCCUCUCAGCCACCUCUUCCAGAGAAAAAGAGGUCCUCUGAAGGAGACCGUUCCUUUGCCUCCAUCUCACCUUCCUCAAGUGGCUUCUCUAGCCCCCACAGUGGAAGCACCAUCAGCAUCCCAUUCCCCAAUGUCCUUCCAGAUUACUCAAAAGUUUUAAGCACUUCCCCAUUGCCAGAAAACGCAACUGAUAAACAUGUGACUGUAAAAUUUGUCCAGGACACGUCCAAGUUUUGGUAUAAGCCAGAUAUUUCAAGAGAACAAGCCAUCGCUGUUCUCAAGGACAAGGAGCCUGGGUCAUUCAUUGUUCGAGACAGUCACUCCUUCUACGGGCUAGCUAUGAAAGUUGCCACACCACCUCCUUCCGUGAUACAGUUGAACAAGAAAGUUGGAGAUUUGUCAAAUGAGCUUGUAAGGCAUUUUCUGAUUGAAUGCACUCACAAGGGGGUGCGCUUGAAAGGAUGCCCAAAUGAACCAUAUUUUGGCAGUUUGACAGCCCUGGUGUAUCAGCACUCCAUCACUCCCCUGGCGCUGCCCUGCAAGCUGCUUAUCCCGGGCAGAGAUCCCUUGGAGGAGAUAGCAGAAACGUCUCCACAGACUGCUGCAAACUCAGCAGCAGAGCUUCUCAAACAGGGUGCAGCAUGUAAUGUGUGGUAUCUAAAUUCAGUGGAGAUGGAGUCCCUCACAGGCUACCAGGCUGUGCAGAAAGCUUUAAGCCUGACACUGAUGCAAGAUCCUUCGCCCAUCUCAACCGUGGUCCAUUUCAAGGUGUCUGCACAGGGCAUCACACUGACAGAUAAUCAAAGAAAACUCUUUUUUCGUCGACAUUAUCCUGUCAACACAGUUAUUUUCUGUGCUUUGGAUCCACAGGACAGAAAAUGCAUGAAAGAUGGCCUUUCUGCAAAAGUGUUUGGGUUUGUGGCCAGGAAGCAAGGCAGUGCCACGGACAACGUUUGUCACUUAUUUGCGGAGCACGACCUGGAGCAACCUGCCAGUGCCAUUGUGAACUUUGUAUCAAAGGUCAUGAUUGGAUCCCAGAAGAAGAUCUGAUGCCUUGACGCCCUUGACCCAGAGCUCUUCACUGGCUUGAAGGAAAGCAGAGAGAGGCAGAAAGAGACUAUUCAGCAUCAAAGGCUGAACCUCGGCAGCCCCAAGAACGAAAGCAGAGGGCAAUCUGUUUGCAUUAAGUUUGGAAGAGGACAGUCAUUUCUUUGAAGAUGCCUCUGAACGAUCGAAGCAUUAUCUCUUUAUACCAAAGGACUAAGCAAAAGAAUUUGGGUGCC